AUGGACUACCACAAUCCCCACUCUGACCUUUUCCAAAUGGCGACCGAGCCCUGGUGCGACGACUACGUGGCCCAAUACGGCAACUCCAUCCAGUACCCGGUCACCAACUCGUUUGCCUACAACCUGCCCUACGAUGACCUGACCCAGCACCACAACCACAACCAGCACCAGCAGCAACUCCUGUAUUCGUCGGUGCAAGUCCCGUAUGAAGACGUCUAUCUGGACACUUCCUCUUCGGCAGCGGCCUCGGAUUAUCUGCUGACUCAGCCCUACAUGGAGGCGGUUACGUCGGCCACAACGUCGCCCUCCGAUUACGACACCCCUCACAAUGCAUCUUCUUCGGCGUCGUCUUCGGUUUCGGUGGCUUCCCGCAAGCAGCCCGAGUCUCGCAUGUCGCAACCCGAGCUUUUUUCACGCAUGGGUCUUUCUCACGACCCCGAGGAGGCUCGAAACCGCGAGAACAGGGUCCUAUCUCUACUCAAGUCGCGUGGGUUCAAGCUCGGAGAACAGACUUGGAUCAGAGACACUACGCCGGCAGUUCGACAGGAAAUCGUCGACUUUAUCCAUGCCUCAACUGUCCAGGAAUACGGCUACUCCAAAUAUAUGAUUGAGGUGGUCAUUCGACGGGCAUGUUAUCAUUUGAUGCAGGGUCGAUUGAGACGAAUUAGAAGGGCUCGAAAGUCCAAGGGAAAUUGA